CGUAACAGAAGCUCAUUCAGAUAGACGAAUGUCCGCACCACACCACAUACAAGUCGAAUCGCAUCACAGAGGAGAAAAGAGUAUGACACCCAACAAAGACUGCCGUCUAGCCAGCUGUCCUUUGGCUGAUAGCCGCCAAGGCGAUCUCAUCGAAAAGAGCAUGGGGCGCAUCGGCCUUGUGGAGCGUCCCGUCCUUGGACAUUCUGACCACGUGAUCGUGGACAGUGCCGUGCCACCAGGCCUUCUUGAUGUCGACGUUGUACGGGAUGCCCGGCUGGCUGCCAGGCGCAUCCUUAAACGUGCUCAACAGCCACACAGGGAGACGCGCGUGGGGACACUCUCUCAGAGACUCAAGCGACACAGCAUCACUCAAACCCAGCACUUGACUAUUUGCUUUGAACCCUGAUACACGGACAGACAGAGAGGAGUCACACGAUUCCCUGAGCCUGUCUGGUCUGCUGACUUGCUCGAUUACCUGAGAGGAUAGCGUCCCUUAUCACCUCGUUCUUCGCGCGAGACGUGCGAUCGCGACAGAUUAUGAUGCCGACCAACUGGUCGGGAUCGUCCUUCAGAAUCUCCACACGAAUGCCCUUUUUCGCGAACGCCUCACAGAUGUAGUCGCCAACAUCCUUGGCAAAUGCAAGCUGACUCUUCGUCUACACGAGAAGCAACCAAGAAACAAUGUGACACACACACACACACACACACAGAAAACGCCACAGACCCACCGCGGUUUUCUGUCCAUUGGCGUAGUGCAGCAACAAUCGCACCGGCGGCGUCUGCGUCUCCUCGGUAGUCACUGGAGGCUUGAGUGCCGGCACUGUUGGGCGAUUGAAUCGUGUCGUAGCGACUCUGUCAGGGGCCUGAGAAGUGGACGACGGUCUCUUGGACACAGCACCUUGGUCCUGUGCACCCGCACACCCGUGGCUCUCUCGAGUGACAGACACAUCUUGCUUGUGCUUCUCCCGUCCAUCAUCUGGGGUGAAGUCCCAGUUCAGCGUCGUCGCAAACGAAUACCCGGUCUCGGCGGUCUCGCCAAGGAUGUCGAUAAACCGGAAAGUUGGAGGCCCUCGACGUCCCAUCCCUAUCGUGGUUGCAUACUUGUUGGUGUACUGCCACACAGCUGUGCCGAGCGGCUGCUCACGGUCAUCGCCAUCAUGCUCCCACUGCUCUUUGAUCUUGUACUUGUAACGCAGAACACCGCUGUCGGGCACCGUGAUGGUGAUCUUCUUCUGGAACACAACGCCGCCCCUGGACACAGACAAGUCAAGAUCAUUGAGAUCUUUGACAUCCUCUGCAGCUUCUCUCACUUGAGAACACAUAGCGCCUCCUCCGUUGCGCCUCCUCCGUUGCAUACAUUUGUUCGUGAGGCUGGAGUGAAAGUGAAGGUGUUCUCCUUUGUGCGCUUAUCCCAAUUACCUGCAUUCACACACGAACAGAUCUCCACCUGCGCUUUGCCAUUUUUAGCUUGCAAGAGACGCCGGGGAGAGGUACCAAGCUCUGGGCAGUUGCCGUGAAUACUCACGAGGGAGUCUUUGUUGAGGUUCCCCCCAAUCACAGCGAACCACACUUCCGCAUGCUUCCCUGGAGAUAGCUGAUUUGCUGAGGAUAACUGCGGCCACAU